AUGUCAACAACAAAGGCCAUCAACGUGUUAUCUAAAAUGUUUGAAAAUGUGUUUGGCUCAAGCUCCAGAAGUGUUUGUUUAAUUCGGGAAUCGACCAACUUGAGGCAGAUCCUAGAGGAGUCCAUUCUAUGGUUAGAUACCCCAGUGAUUUCUUUAACAACGCACCAUUUACAAAAGAUGAACUUGACAGGAAGGGACGUAUCACUUUGUGGUAAUUCUCUGGUCUAUGUGAAAGAGUGUGAGGCUUUUUUGGAAUUGCUCUUUCAGCCUGAUUUCAACGAAUCGAUUUCUUCACUAUUUAGUCCCUGGUCGAGAAUGAUUCUCGCAUGUGAAGUACCACCGAAAAGUACCCAAAGCUUAUUGGUAAGACUAGUUGACGAGUUCUUCAUCGAUAUAUACGAUUUGAAUUUUCUCCACUCGCAAAAUUCGAGCAGCGAUUUGGGCUCUAGCUUUACUGAAAACAACUUCAUUGUCAAGCAUCUGUACAUGAAUCGCACUGUUCUAGAGCUGAAUUCGGGAGGUAGCCUCAAAGUUCGAUGGGAACGCUUCAAACCUACCAAAUGGGUACCAAGAUUCCGAUCUGGCAAACCAUUUAGGAUAUCCUUAUUCCACUGUCCUCCAUACUGGUUUAUCGAAAACGGGACCGAAAUAAAGGAUGGACUCGAAUCACAUUUACUAAGAGAUGUAGUCACUGGCUGGCCUGUACAAUACCACAUAGACGCAGCAGGUCCUUCUUCAAACAACUGGACCCAUGGUGUAGGGUUAGUGGAAGAGAAGAAGAGAGAUUUAUCACUAUGUGCUCACAUGAUUCGAAUUAACGUUGGUCGGCGAGUUGACUACACGGAAUCCAUCGGCAAUGAAAGACUCAGCUUCUUGGUCAGAAAACCCUAUAAUCCCUACAUAUACCAACCAUUGGAAAUCAGUGUGUAUGCUGCUGUUUUUGGCAUGCUAAUUUCAACAUCAUGCCUGUUGCAUUACUUCAGAAAAAUUAGUCGUGGUAGGCCAAGUGACUGGAUUUCACAGUAUAUGGUGAUGCUGAGUAUCCUCAACCAAGUGGCUGUAAAAUCAUCUCUUAUACUACAGCGAAAGUCGACAAGGAUACUCGUUAUUUCUUGGGUGAUAUUCUCUAUUCUAAAUGCCACUUACUACUCAGCGGGACUAACAAGUACAUUGGCGCAUCCUCGUUUCACUCGUGACAUCAGUACUUCGGAAGACAUGAUCAGGCACAAUGUACCGUGGUACGAUGAGAAUGGCUAUAUCCAGCGCUUCUUCGAAUCGGAUUAUUCGGGAGGUAGUGAUACUUGGCAAAAAUUAGGUCUGUUGCAUAGAAAAGAAUUGAGAUUGCAGGAUGAAUAUAAUCAAUCUGCGAUUCUUGUCAGGAUACUUGGCAACCGAUAUGUUAUAGAUAUAGAAAACUUACCUCCUGAGUUAUGGAAAUACUACAAAGUCUUGAAAACUGACGUUACGCGAUUCUAUAAUUGUUUCAUUCUUCAAAAGCAUUCACCAUACAAGAGAUAUUUUGAUGAAACUAUUUUGAGGAUGAAGGAGAAUGGUAUUCUGAUGAAAGGUGGCGAGUGGUUGUAUCAGACGAACCGUAAAAGUAUGGAUGUUUUUUUCACAAACUCCGUAGACAAUAAGGUUGUUAAUCUGAAAAUCAAUGAGGAGAGGGAUUUACAUGAACCUUGA